AUCAUCCACCGGGACAUUAAACCAGAGAACAUCCUCAUCUCUCAGGGGGGCGUGGUCAAGCUGUGCGAUUUCGGCUUCGCCCGCACCUUAGCGGGCGACGUCUACACCGACUACGUUGCCACUCGCUGGUACAGAGCUCCUGAACUGCUGGUGGGAGACAUCAAAUAUGGAAAACCAGUAGACGUGUGGGCUGUUGGUUGUCUGUUAUUAGAGAUGUUCACAGGUCAGCCUUUGUUUCCCGGAGACUCAGACCUCGACCAAAUUUACCACAUCAUCAGGUGCUUUGGUAACCUGACUGCUCAUCACCAGGAGUUGUUCUACAGGAAUCCUGUCUUCUCAGGAGUCAGAUUGCCAGAAUGUUAUGGUCAAGUCCCGCUGAACCAGCGCUUCCCUACAGUCACCUCCGCUGCCGUAGACCUGGCUCAGAGCUGUCUCCAGAUGGAUCCAGAAAGACGAGCUCAUUGCUCCGAACUGUUAGAACAUCCCCUGUUCACACAAGACUCUUUCCACAUCAGGUUCUCCAAUGAGCUAAAUGCUAAGAUCCAAAAGGACCACAGAGAAAACUCUAACCUUCCUAAAAUAAGCAAAACCUCAAGACGCGAAAAGGAAGAAAGGAAUGAGAAAAACCAGAGAGGAAAAGAGAAGAAACAACUGGAAGAUGCAUCCGAUAAGCCUUUGACCAGCGAGCGCUCCGUCCUGACAGAUCGCUGUAACGUCCAUAACAGUGGUGAUGUCGUUGUGGCCAAGAAGAAGUCAGACGUCCAUUUUCCAGAUUUGAGCAACUGGAGAGGACGAGAUGGUUCGUACAAAAACACGAACACUUUAUCUGCGCAGGAUCAUCAACUUAUAGCGUGA